CCCUCCGGACUCGGUUCGUGGUCUCUGGAAACCUACUCCCUUUCUUCCUUGGUUCGACCGGGCACCUGGAAUUGUCUAUGCCUCCUUGUUACACAACCACCGCCUUCUCCAGCGCACGAUGGACUUUUUCUCCGUCCCUCUCCUCGAUGGGCUAGUCCACCGGCUCGGCGCCCCUCUCCUUCUCGCAGUGGUCCUCUACGCUGUUGUAUCAGCGAAGACCCUCCCAUUCGCUUGGCAUAUGCGUGUUUUCUACGGGUACUUCAGGCACUAUUACCUUGACGGGCGCCGUGUACCAUCUCGCUCAACGGACGGUGCUCUGACCAUUUUCCAACCAACCAUCUACACCACUUCCACUCCCCCUGGCGACGUCGACUACAGCCUGCACAAGUCCAACUCUACCUAUCUCACCGACCUCGACCUGGCUCGCGGCUAUCACUUCUACUGCCUCUUCCGCGUGGGGCUCAAGAAGUAUUCUAAGAAGGGACCGAUCUUCCCGGCCCUCGGCGGCGUCACCUGCACCUUCAAGAAGGAGAUCCGCCCGUUCGAGAAGGUGGAAAUCUGGACGCGCGUCUUGUCCUGGGAUUCCAAGUGGAUCUAUCUAAUCUCCCACUUCGUCAAGGCCUCCAACGCCCGCCCGGCUCGCUACACGGACCAGCCGUGGCGUAAGAAUGCGCCCGGGAGCGCACCCGCGCAGCCCACAUUAUACGCCACAUGCAUUUCCAAAUAUGUCGUCAAGCUGGGCCGGAAGACGGUUCCGCCGGACGAGUUCCUGGCCGCCUGUGGCCUUCUCACGCCCGAGCCAGGAGAAGAGCACAGCGACAGGGCUUCGGGGGCUUCGAGGGCCGCGGCCAAUGGGACGACGCCGGCGUGCGGUCGUGUGUCCCGCGAAGAAGGGAGUUCUGAUGGAUCGCAACCCGAUAGCGUUGGUCGAGAAGUAGAGGCACGGAGACAGAAGGGCCUCGUGCUGGCGAACCAUAUAGCCGCGCUCGAUGGUGGGCAAGACUGGUUCACGGGGGAUGGUGAGGUAGUCUUUGCCAAGUAUUGAUCCGUCCUUGAAACUGCCGAGCCUGCUCGUAGCUCAACGGUAGUAGAUUCGGCUCCUUCAACUUCAAUUAUAU